AUGUACCAUUCGGAAAACGAUCGCUCGCUCUCUACACCGGCUGCCAUCGGAAUCGGCAUCGCUAUUGGCAUCGUCUGCACCGUACUGGUCCUUGUUACAGUACUGUUGCUACACCGCGCAUGGAGACUUCGCCGUUCACCACCAGUAAAGCAGUACAGGCAAGCCAAGUUAUGGAAGGGCUUCGAGCCGGUCACUCCGAGCACCGCGAGAACUACUUUCGUUGGAACCAAGAUGACCAACAUAUACUUGACGGAGCUACCAACACCGGUCACACCUGCCUUCCUUAUGAGCCCACCGUUGCGGGGAGAGGAAUUUCGAAGCAAGCUGGCGCAAUAUAUGAGACAGGGCUAUAGCCAUAUUGAGAGUCUACGCACAAACUUCAUCACGUCUCUCAGUGAUCGUGCCCAGCAGAUCGCGACCUUCCUUACGACCGUGAACGGCAACAACAAGCGCCUCUUACUCGUUGCGGCCUGCAUCUACGUAGAAUCUUGCAGCUGGCUCGUUGAGAUCCUGCGCGGUCUCCCAGGCUUCAGUGUCGCCAACUCCUGUCGCGUCGACGAGAUUGUUCCCACGCUCUUUGCCCUCAGCGCAAGCACCCUGGACACCCUGCUACAACGCCUCAUCGACGGGGCGCGCAAGGUGGUCAUUGAAAUGUCUACGCAUAUCAACAAGCACAGCGCCAGCAGCAUCACUGCCCCGCUGCAGGCUCGCAUGUGUAGAUUAGACAUGAUGAUCUCGCGAAACCUCCCCCGCCGCGACCGUCGCCAGCCACCUCAGAAGAAAGCACAGACGGCCUCUCGUGCAGGUCUGGCGGGAGUUCCAGUCGAGCUAUUCAGCAUGAUUCUACGCCACCUUGCGUGCUGCUACAUUCGCUCACUCCGGCAGACGUGCAACAAGGAGCUCGUGGGCAGAUGCAAAGACAGCUUCUACAACAUUGUCAAUUCGACCGCCGCUUCCCUCCAGCUUGACGCCGACUGUCCUGCGCGCGCAAUGUCACUUGCAAAGUUUGAGCGGUGGAGCGAUCACAUCACCACACUAUGCUUCAAGGUCCCGAGAACCGCAUUCUUCUACCAGCUGCAUCAAGGCGCCGCAGCCGCAGCCGCAGCCGAUGGCGAUACCUUCUCAGCAAUGUCGGAUACGAAAGAGUUCAAGUCUGCGCUCGCGCUGUUGAUAACCCUUCCUCGAUGCAAAGCUGUUCUGAUCCAGCACGACACCCCAAGCAGUGGCUGGCUCCUAUGCGACUACCAAUCCAUCCGACGGAAGGUCCAGGACAAUACCAUGGCUGUCCAGGGCGACGUGUUGCGCGAGAACCUGGAGCAUGGUCUUGUUGGCUUCAUGCUUUCUUCGCAUUCGGAAUGGUACGACGAGUACCGCCUAUGCUACUUCGAAGAGCGAGAGAAGGAGUCAGAGGAAGGAGGUCCACGCGCAGAGGCAGAGGAAGAAGGCCGACGCACAGAGAUGGAGGAAGAACGCCGCGGCCAUGAAGAGACCGAAGAUGCGUACGCAGGCCAGUCCCGAGACAUGGUUCGUGAUGAGUAUCGCUCACGUGGGCUUCCUCGGCCCAUCCCCAAGAAGAAGGCGGACAUUGUGGCGGCUCUGCAGAAGGACGAUUUGAGGAGGUUGGAGUAG